AUGCUGAGCGCUGCUCAGGAUAUUCUCAACAAACACAAAAGUGAUGAGCCGGUGCUGGGCAACGUCACGGAUACGGAGUGCAUUACGGAGAUCUCGACUAGAAUUUGCUCGCUGACCUCGACUGGUGUCGUGUUGUUGUGCAAUAUCAUACCCAGCUUAUGUGUGAAAAUUCUCUGUCCAUUCGUUAUGCAUCGGAUACCCUACUGGGUGCGGCACACUACUGCAUGCACAACGCAAGUGUUGUCAUUGAUGAUCACUGCCUUCUCUGAGUCGGUGUAUGUCGCUCUCUGUGGAGUUUGUUUGGCAUCAUUUUCGAGCGGUCUUGGUGAGACGACAUACCUCGGAUUGGCUGGUCAUUAUUCGAAAAAUACGAUCGCAACCUGGUCGUCUGGGACCGGAAUGGCAGGGAUCAUAAGUUCGUUCUCAUAUGCUGGUCUCACCGAUCGUCGACUGCUGGCGCUUUCACCUGCACAAGCAAUGCUCGUCAUGCUCGUCGUGCCUGUUCUACGUGGUUCUCGAACAUACGGAAACAAUGAGGAAGGUCGGCUCCACGAAAUCGAAAAAGUUGGGCGAUUCUACGUGAGUCUGUUGCGAUACAUGGUACCGUUGUCUCUCACGUACUUCGCUGAGUAUCUUAUCAAUCAAGGCUUACUCGAAUUGACUGUGUUUGACUGCAAAAAUGGGUUUGGUACUAGCCCUGCAUCACAAUAUCGGUGGUAUCAGGUGCUUUAUCAAGUGGGUGUGUUCGUGUCUCGUUCCUCAAUCAAAAUCGUUCAGUUGAAUAUGCUUACAAUAGCUUUGAUGCCAAUCCUCCAGUUCGUCCCAUUUAUGAUGUGCUUCUUGUUACCAUCAUUGCGUUCUAUCUUAUUUCAGCUUCUCAACACAGCUUUCUUCAUGUUAAACGCUAUCUAUGCCUUUGUUCCAAAUUUCGCAAUCGUUUGCGUCAUUGUAUUUUACGAGGGUUUAAUUGGUGGCGGAUCUUAUGUGAACACCUUCCACCAUAUCCAUAAGAAGGUUGAUCCGUCUAUUAGAGAAUUCGCUCUAUCCACGGUCUCAUUGGCAGAUUCAUUCGGUAUUCUACUAGCUGCACUAGUGUCAAUUCCCGUUCACAACGCCAUCUGUGCCAUGCAGUGGUACCAUGCAUAA